AUGGCGGAAGCUCAAGCUGAAAUGGAAGAGGAAGAUUUUGAUUUAAUUCUAAGUUCAGACGACACCGAUGUCGAAAAGGAUGAUAAAACAUCUCCUGUUAUCCGACAGUCUACUGAUGCUUUCACUACCAAUGAAGUGAUCGCAGUUCUCGAGAGGAUUUCUUCCAGCACGAUAAAAUCUGAAGCUGAAAUAGACACAAAAAUAUUGCGAAACACGCGCGGGAAAAAAGAUUUUGCCACCUUGGAUUGCUUUGUGUCUGUAUUUGUCGAGGCUUUUAAUAAGUGCAAUGGUUCGGUGAAGAAGUUUAAAAGCGAUAGCGUACGGGCUAUUAGGUUGGAGAAAAAGUUUGCCACUCUGAGAAAUGACAUAGAGUCCAAUCUAUUUGAUGCUUGGAAACGGCUUGCAGGAGAUGUCCGUAGUCUUGAGACCUCUGUUGUGGUUUAUCAGCAUGUUCUUCAGCAUUUCUGGAGCUGUGUGAUAUUACAGGGGAAGUCAAGUCAAUCUGUUGAGGACGAAUACCGUAGUGUUGACGACGUUAGUGCCGAUUUGGACAAGGAUGAAGCUGAGCGAGAAGCCAUCCGUCGACAUGUUGGCUGGGCUGUGAAGCGUGCUAGAGAUCUGAUCAAUUUUGGUGCAACUAUUGUUUCGAUCAAGAAAUCAAAAGAUGAGAACUCUCCAGUUACAGAAGUUACUAAGACAUGUUUGCUUUCGUUUUUCGAAAAAUUUGGAGUCGAUCUGCAGCAAAAUACUGGAAAAUAUUUAUUCAUAGUCAAUGAUGCUAUUUUGGAAUUUUUUAUUGUUUUGCACAAAGAAGUUGAAGAUUUUAUUAUUAGGACUGGCAUAGAUAAAGAUACUGUGGUCUUGUGCUUGCAAUAUUUGUCGUGCAAUAAACAUAUUCGUGCAGAAUGGAAAAAAUUUGUAGGUGAAAGAUCUGGUGAAGAGGAAGCUGCAAGCAUUAUUAUUCUGCAACGGAUUGUUUCUAUGUUUUUAAAGUCCAAGCAACAGAUCAUAAGGGAGCAGCUACAUCUAAAAUCCCAGAAAGAGAGCAAAAGUUUGAUAGCAAGCUUAUUUCAUGGCAAAAAAGGUGACUAG